UUCUACUCCACCUCCACCCAACCCAAAAUCUUGCACAAAUCACCGCGAUUGCCAUCUCAAAUCCAGCCAAAACUCACAAGGAAGAAAAUCCACGCACAAUCAAGCCAAGCAGCAAGGGAGAGUCGUCGCCUCCCCAUCCACGCGCUUGCUUACCCAACCCAACCCAACCCAACCGCGUCAGUCCCCCCAAUUAAUCCCCUACUUAUAUCCCACCCGCCCGCCUCGCCACAAAUCACCCAAAUCCAAUCCACCAGGCCACCAAUUCCCCACUCUCGCCGUCAAAUCUCCCUCAGCUCCUCCUCGCCGCCCACCACCAGCUCGACGGGAUGGGUUCGGGGAGCCGCGCGGCGUCGUGCCUGUGCUGCCCGUUCAAGUGCCUGGCGUGCGGCCUCUUCAGCUGCCUCUGCAGCAUCCUCGUCUCGCUCCUCGUCACCGCGGGGGUCCUCGCCCUCAUCCUCUACUUCGUCUUCCGCCCGCAGAUGAUCGCCGCCACCGUCGACUCCGCCUCCCUCGCCCAGUUCGCGCUCGGCACCCCCGCCAGCCCGGCCCUGCUCCAGUACAACCUCACGCUCGCCAUGACGGUGCGCAACCCCAACAAGCGGGUGGGGCUCUACUACGACGGCGUCGAGGCGCUGGCCCUCUUCGACGGCCAGCGCUUCGGGUUCGCGCCCCUCGACCCCUUCUUCCAGGGCCACCAGGCGUCCACCGAGGUCAAGCCGGCGUUCGGCGGCCAGCAGGUGCUCGAGGGGGACGUCACCCAGGCUAACCUCAGGACGCAGCUGGCGGGCGGCGCGGUGGAGGUGGAGGUGAAGCUCAACGCCAAGCUCCGCGUCAAGGUGUGGGCGUUCAAGGUGCCCGGGCCCCGCGCCAGGAUCAGCUGCCCGCUCUCCCUCCCCGUCCCUGCCGCCGCGAACGCCCCCGCCUUCAAGCCCACCGAGUGCAAAGUCUGGUUCUGAUUCUCCACCAUCAAUUCGAUUCGAUUCCUUGGUGCGUGCGGUGCGUUGGGGGAUCUGAUCUCAUCUCUCGAUUCGAUUCGAUUGGUUGGUUGGUUGGUUGCGGGAUGCUGCUGCUCUGCGUCGCCGCCGUGGUCCGUCCAUUAGUAUCUAGAUCUUGCUAGAGAUUUUCGCAUCUACUGCAUCGUUAGCUUUGCACAUACUAUCGAUCCGUCGAUUACUGGUUUUUUGGUUCUUUGCUAGCAGGAGUAGUACCCACCGUAUACGAUUACUAGUUGUUGCGUAUAUUGGUUAUAUUGGGAUUCAUCCUACUAUUCGACCAUUGUUGAUAUACUCAUCGAUAUUCAGAUCUCUUUCAUUCA